UACGUCUUUAUAAUAUCUCUGUUGACUUUGGAGUUCACCGCAAUUGAGUCGUUCAGGACUAGUACAUACAUAACUAGUAGAUUAGCGAUCCGUCAGCGGUGAAUCCAAACCCGCCGCUUCUCCGCCAAAUCUCCUCCUUGCAAGUCCCCGCACAAGAGACAGUUUGCUACAACUUAUUGGCAAAGUAUCAGUUACGAUGGCGCCAUCUAUCACAAUCGUGCCGGCAUUGGAGACGGCCAAAGAUGUGAUCAGUCAGUCUAGAAAUUCACAAUACCCUCCUAAUCUCCUCCCUCUCACUGCGUCUAUCCCGGCCGACCUCUUGACCCCUACGCUCGCAUACCUCAAGCUUGCUGAAAAAUCGAAGUUGUCAUUCCUUUAUGAAAGCGCGGCCACUACGGAGACAAUUGGAAGAUAUAGUUUUGUCGGAGCUGAUCCCCGUAAAGUUCUCAAGACUGGGCCCGGACAUGGGCCCGAGUGCGAUCCUCUUCCGAUUCUGGAAGAAGAACUCGCCAACUACCGCAUUGCGACAGUCCCUGGGUUGACCCUUCCCCCGCUUACUGGUGGUGCGAUUGGAUAUGUUGGGUAUGACUGUGUCCGGUAUUUCGAGCCCAAGACCGCACGACCGGUCAAAGAUAUUCUCCAUAUCCCGGAGUCGCUAUUUAUGCUGUUCAAUACUAUCGUCGCCUUUGAUCACUUCUUCCAGGUUGUCAAGGUCGUUACCUACGUCCCCAUUCCCAGCACCGAUGCGGAGCUUGAAGCCAGCUACAACCAAGGCCAAGCAGAAAUCCAGCGUAUUAUUGAUACCCUCCUACAACCAGGUUACCCUCUGCCUCCCCAGGGCCCAAUCAUCCCCAACCAGGAGUACACCUCCAACAUCGGCCGGGAAGGGUACGAACGACACGUCGUCCGUCUGAAGGAGCAUAUCUCCAAGGGCGAUAUCUUCCAGACUGUGCCAUCGCAACGUCUAUCGCGACCCACCUCUCUCCACCCAUUCAACCUCUUCCGUCACCUACGCACCGUCAAUCCGUCCCCCUACCUCUUCUACAUUGACUGCGAGGAGUUCCAGCUUGUAGGAGCUAGUCCCGAACUCCUAGUUAAGGAAGAAAAGGGCCGGAUUAUCACUCACCCUAUUGCGGGUACGGUGACACGCGGCAAGACCGUUGAGGAAGACGAUGCACUUGCUGAAGAACUCCGGGGAAGUUUGAAGGACCGUGCUGAGCACGUCAUGCUAGUUGAUCUGGCGCGCAACGAUGUGAACCGGGUGUGCGACCCAGCUACCACUCAGGUUGACCGCCUCAUGGUGGUAGAGAAGUUCUCGCACGUCCAGCACCUGGUAUCUCAGGUCUCCGGCGUCCUCCGGCCCGAGAAGACGCGUUUCGACGCGUUCCGAUCAAUCUUCCCUGCGGGCACGGUGUCUGGGGCACCCAAGGUGCGUGCCAUGCAACUGAUUGCAGAACUGGAGGGCGAAAAGCGAGGUGUCUAUGCUGGAGCGGUCGGAUACUUUGGAUUUAACAUUGCCACCAUCGACGGUUCCACAGAGCUGCCUGGUGCCAUGGACACGUGCAUUGCGCUACGCACGAUGAUGGUUAAGGAUGGCGUGGCAUAUCUUCAGGCUGGCGGUGGGAUUGUGUUCGACUCGGAUCCGUACGACGAGUAUGUUGAGACGCUGAACAAGCUGGGGGCGAACAUUGCUUGUAUCAAGGGGGCGGAGGAGAAGUACUUGAGUAUGGAGGGGAAAUAAAGAAAAGAGAGAGAGAGAGAGAGAGAUCUACAUUUUAUUUUAAGACUUUUUGGCUAUUAGAGAUGAUUUCAAGAAAUUGGAAAUGAGUUAACGUCCAGAAGAUCGUUAUACAGCCGAUGACGUCGUCAGGGAAUCUGCAGGUAUAUAUAUAUACACAGUCUGUUGAGAAUUCAGCAGACUCAUUCGAAGUAAAUUACAUCGAAAUAAAGAACUAGAGAAUUACAA